AUGGACGAGGAGGACAAUGGCCAGGAUCGCGGUCGCCAUCAGACAGCAAACGCAAACGCAAACGCAAACGCCCAAAGGGCCGCAUACGGCAAGCAAUCGUCAUUCUUUUACGAUGCCGCCGUGGACCAUGUCCUGAAGCUUGCCACAACGCUGAAAAUGGAACCCUACGAGGCCAUGCUAUCCGCCCAGGGCUUCGAGACUGUGGUGAAAAAUGAGACGAGCAUGCUAGAAGUUGCCGAGAAUUAUAUCAAGAAUAUGAAGAGCGAUGCGUUCUACGUCGAAACAAUACAGGUCGGGGUACCGAACGGCGAGUGUUCAAUCCACCUGUUGCUGCAGCGGGGUACGCGGAACAAACCAGUCGUGGAACGGGCCGUAUUGAUUGACGGUGGGAAUGAUGGCUGCAUGAGCCAUGCUGGUGGGAACAAGGCGUGCCGAGCGAUUGAGUUGGCAAUGCUUGACAUCUCGAACAUGUAUGAGUUGAGCACUCGCUAUGAUGUCCCUGGAGAGAUAACGAGGCUGCGAUUUGACGCCUGGGUCAUCACUCAUUGGGAUGAGGACCAUUAUAUCGGUGCCAUGCAGUACUUUGUGGACCGUUUCCAUCAAGCGGAUUCGCGGUGUUGGACAGCCCAAACGAGUUCAAAUGACGGGGACCGGCAGCCCUAUACUGCGCUUUAUUGUCCGAACUGGGAGCCUAAGAAGAAACCCGGUCUCGAGAUGAAAGGCCAUCAUGAGGAGUUCCUAGCCGGCGAUAUGGAUGGCUACUGUCUCGGAACGCUGCGUGACGGGACUCAUGUACGAUUACAGCAUGCAAGCACAAAGGUGCCCAUGUUCUGGCUUUCAGGGUACUGGGAAUCUACUGGAAGUGAGAAACUCGACUUGCGGCCCCAUUCAAUUCUCGGCGUGGACUUCUUUACUGGUGUGCGGGAUGCCAACCUAGAAUGGAUAGCGGACCAACAGCAAGGUGUAAAGAUGGAUGCUGCUUUGGCUCGCCUCACUCCGUCCACACAGCCUCGACUAAUCUGCCUGGGAAUUGCGGGCAUGUUUCUCGGCGAUAAGAAAAAACCUAAUCUUGAAAAGUUAUUCGAAGAAGCCAAUAGAAAUCCCAAAACUCAGUUACAGGAGACAUCCAACAGACCCGCACGCAGAAGCACCGGAGAUAAGGACGAUGAUGAAGGCGACGAUGCGGCAGCAGAGAGCGAGGAGGAAGAGGAAGCACAGGCUGGUCAAACAGGCGCCGAUAAUGAGCCCAAGGCGAAACUACUGAAGCAAUCGUUGCAGAAUCUAACUUCGAUCAUUGCUGGCGUCGUCUGGGUUGAAGAGGGUCGCCGCCGCGUUUCCACCCUGUGGAUGGGCGAUGCCGUUGCGUCAAUCGAGCGCGAACUGGCCUUGAAUAAAUGGGGCAGCCUUGGUGCCAUCAAGGUCCUGAAGCUGUCGCAUCACGGCUCGCGUGGGUCAACACCGCCGGAGCUCCUCAAUACACUGAAACCGGAGUGCUGCGUGGUGUCUGCUGGCUCUUAUUACUGGCAUGCCGAUCCGGAGGUGCUCAAGACACUCCACGCACACUACGCAGCUGCUGGUGAUAAAGGCAAGGACCACCGAUUCCGGUUGUACGCUCUUCGCCCGCCUCCAUACCUCGAGUUUCGUCUUUUCCAGAGGGGAAUCCGUCGGUACAUCUUCGAGGCCGAGGGGUUUGUCAAGAAUAACUGGCUGUGGAACGAUCUGUCCCCGUUGCACCGCACCAGUACUCUACUCUCGCCAUUGUAUCUGGACACGACCACAAACCGAGGGUACGACAAAAAGAUUGAGACUUUGCCCGUGGGCGCUCCCUUUGUGCUCAGCGGGACAAACAUCCAACUGAGCGAAUUCACCCGGUUUACAGCCCACAGUCAGACUGGUAACCCCACGUCGAGCCAAUACAAAGCCAUGCAGGGCUGCGAUCGGGUGCGAAUUCGAUAUCUGCGCAUUCCCUCGUUGCCGGAUGAGAAAGUCGACGGUGCUGUCUUCCACUACGCCGAACGCCCCGAUAUCUUCUUCGGUGACCCGCAUAAUCCAGUUGAUGGGCCGGUUGACCUUCUUGAUUGGAUUUUCCAAUACGUGAGUUUGCUUGAGCAACCCACAGAAAAGUAUCCCAUGUGCGUGGAACGACUCGUCAACCUGUGGUUUCGCAAUUUCGAGAACCACAUGCCGAUUGUGGGAUGCCCGCCGAAACCUGGUCACAACAGAUAUCUCAGAUCAUGGCACCAGCCAAAGGACGGCAUACCGGGAGAUCGCGUCCCCAAAGAUGUACCGGAUAAUGUGAUAGGAAUGGCCGCGAGGGCAAUACCCGACUUGUGGGACUCGUGCUUGAGAGCAUGUGCCCCUGGGUGCCAUCUUCUGGAACGAUACAGACAAGCGUAUCACUCAGCCGAUCCAAACGAAAUAUCGACCAUCAAGGAAAUCGACGACGAGGAGAUCGCCGUGAAAUACGCGCGGGAAGUCUUUAGGGAAAUGCUACUGUUCAUGAAAAAUAUUUACGGGACCGAUAUCAAUACAUUCGACCUGCCCAGCUCCUGGAAGAAAAUAGAAGACCGUGAGAAGCUGAGGAGCUUUUUCGACGGCGCAACUGAAGCAGUACGAAGAAAGAUGGACAAUAGGUUAAAGGACAUCCAGGACCAACCAGCCAAUCCAAACCGCCCUAUGACAUGGGAAAAGACAGCAGAAAAGCUGAGGGACCGCGGAAUCACAAUGCGUGGCUUUGGCAAUCUUGAACAACCCAGCGCUGGCCCUGAACUCGAGUUCUUUGGCGGUCUCCUCGAUGGUAACGGUAACUUGAUAGCCAACAACGCCGGGAACGACAUUUCCAAUAGAGAAAAUAAUUUUAUGGACCUCACUACCCAGGUUGACGACGAGGUCGGGGGAGAUGACAGUCAGCAAAUCACCGGGUUGGAGGACCAGUUUGCAGAAACAGAUAUUAUAGAUCUCACUAGCCCAGUCAACAACGCGCCCAGAGAAGAAGCUAGCGAGCUAAACGUCGGCCUGGUGAACAGGCUCACAGAGGAGGUUAUUCGCGCCGACACAUCGCAGGAGGUUUUCGUCGACGGUCCAAGAAGGGUAUCCGAAGGCGACGUCCAGCAAUUCCCAAAGAAGCAAAGAAGACCCCUAGAAUUUGCACAUCGUGAACGGCGACCCUUUGAACGUGAAACAUCCAAACCCAAAUCCGAUGGCAACGAUGUCGAGAAAACUACCAAGAAGACCAAAGACAAGGAGCCUGUUGAGAUAGGCAGCGAACCGUCAUCCAUGAGCCGUUGGACAGGCGACAAGAUGAAAGCAAAGGCUCAACCCAAGUUUGAUUGGCUGAAGGUUCCGCCCCCCACCCAACAGCGAGAUGCCCAUCCGGACGCCCAGGAUAAUGACACACUGGUGAAUAAGCGUAACAUCGAUUGGCUUGAUGAAUGA